AUGGACAGUGUUAUUAACCAACGAAGCAGGUCUGCCACAGCAGAGGAUGAUGGUGCAGAUCAGAUUGGAAUCGACUCACCACGGUCAGGCGUUGCGACCCCGCAGCCAGACCUCCACGAUAGACGACUGCCCGGCAUUAUGAGUUACUUCAACCAGGUUCGUUCAAGCUCUAUUCAGCGAUUGUUGCCUGGUUCUUUCAUUAGGAGGAACGGACGAACCGCAACCACCUCGACUCCCGCUACGCCCGAUGUCGAGAAAGGGUUGCAAGCUGCAACACUGCCUGAGCUGCCCCCCACCCCCGGUGAGCCGGAUUUGUCGCUCGGCUCGUCGGACGGAGGUCCUCGUCUCCUGGGCCAUGAGACGAUGGGACCUGCCACGGAGGCGUCGCUUCAGCAACAUGACCGCUUGCACACGUAUUUCACUCCUCCAGCUUCACAGCCCUCUUCACAGUCCUCUUCGCUACGUGAUUUUCCCGACGAUUCGUCCGGCCAGAAGUCAAGGAGUGGGACUCCCCCCACCUCUCGAUCUGCCAGCCUCCGUCAUCUGAGCGUCUCGGAUAUCGGGCGAGGCAAAGUUAAGGGAUCAUCUCUGCUCGCUCCUUUGACAACCACGGUCGAUGAGUCGAGCGCCUCCGCCUGUCACCUCUCAAAUCCUGCAGUACUUGCUUCAGUCACUAAUUCUCCCACUUGUGCGGAUGCUCGCGGCGAUGGGAAUCUUUCCUACGAGUCAACGUCCAUGGUUCUUCUCAGGCAGAAGCUAACAGAUGUGUCGGGUAAAAAGAGCGGUGCCUCGACGCCGACGCGUGCACUGUCGUCAGCACGACCAUCGCAGGAGAACAAAAGACCUGAGAACGGGGAGAAAGUUGACCGGACGGCGACAAGCACGCCGACGCCCCCCGGAGCCCAGGCGCCUGCUGCAAAGGGCAAACUUACCAUCAAGGUCUCGGAGGCCAGGGGCCUGAGGAAGUGCCAGGACCCUUAUGUGGUGGUCGUUUUCCAGCGCAGCGAGCUGAUCUCUUCCGGUCCCCGCCCUUCUGGCGACGAUGACGACGCCGCUGUUAGCUCAGUCGCCAUGGGCGGUGUUCCGAUUCAGCGACAAGGAAGCGACUCUGGAAGGCCCAUGGCCAUUCCCAUGAGAAGCAGGCAAAGCAGCAGCACCAGUCUGAGUGAGUUUAAUACUUUCCGCAACCGGAAUUCGCGACGGUCUUUCACCAACCCCAAAUGGGACGCUGAAGCGAUCUUCGAUGUCGUUGAUUCGGAUAAACUUGUGGACAUUUCGGUCUACGGCCGUGGUCAGUCGGGUGAGGAGUUCCUGGGCCAUGUCGACUUCCAAGCGGUCAUUUCCGAGAAGGAACCUCCCGUCCGAGGCUGGUUCUCGUUGAAAGGCCACGCCGACACCAUGGCCGAGAACACGCCCACAGGCGAAAUCUACGUCGAAUCAUCUUUCCAGCGGGCCGAGCAGAAGCAUUUCGGACCGGAGGAUUUCCAGAUACUGCGACUCAUUGGGAAAGGGACGUUUGGCCAAGUCUAUCAAGUACGGAAAAAGGAUACUGGGCGCAUCUACGCCAUGAAGGUUCUGUCCAAGAAGGUCAUCGUGCAGAAGAAAGAGGUGGCGCACACGGUUGGCGAGCGCAAUAUCUUGGUGCGGACCGCCAUGUCGGAUUCACCGUUCAUCGUUGGUCUCAAGUUCUCGUUCCAGACGCCUUCCGACCUCUACCUUGUGACAGAUUACAUGUCGGGCGGAGAGCUCUUUUGGCAUCUGCAAAAAGACGGCAAGUUCGAGGAGAAACGCGCCAAGUUCUACAUCGCCGAGCUGAUUCUCGCGAUCCAACAUCUACACGAGAACGACAUCGUGUAUCGCGAUCUGAAACCCGAGAACAUCCUCCUCGACGCUAACGGUCACAUUGCGCUAUGUGACUUUGGCCUGUCUAAGGCAAAUCUCACCAAAAACGAUACCACCAACACCUUCUGUGGUACGACCGAAUACCUGGCACCAGAGGUGCUCCUGGAUGAAAGCGGUUACACCAAGAUGGUGGAUUUCUGGUCCUUGGGCGUUCUUGUGUUUGAGAUGUGCUGCGGUUGGAGCCCCUUUUAUGCAGAAGACACUCAGCAGAUGUACAAAAACAUCGCGUUCGGAAAGGUCAGGUUUCCUCGGGACACGCUAUCCUUGGAAGGACGGAAUUUCGUCAAGGGCCUGCUCAACAGGAAUCCAAAGCAUCGUCUUGGUGCCACGGACGAUGCUGAGGAGCUCAAGCGGCACGCUUUCUUCGCCGAUAUUGACUGGGACGCGCUAUCCAAGAAGCUGAUCACUCCGCCGUUCAAGCCGCAGUUAAAGAGCGAUACCGAUGUCUCGUAUUUCGAUCCAGAGUUCACCAAUGCACUGGACACCAACGGGUCUCUUAAUGAGCGCGCAGCAGCCCUCGCCAGGGGCUAUGCAACAUCGACGCCGCUCUCACCCUCGGUACAGGCGAACUUCCAAGGCUUCACAUUCGUUGACGAAAGCGCUCUGGAGGACCACAUGAAGGAUCGGCACGGAAAGUACGAAGAUGAGGAGAUGGAUGACGCCGACCGCAAGAGGGAUGACGACUGGGACGACAACGACGUCGAUACCCGCAGCACCAACCGGAUGAGCGGCAUUGUGAGGGGCAACACCAAUGACGAGCAAAUGUUUGGCGCAUCAAGUUUCGAUAUGUAA